AUGGAUUUCAAACAAGAGGACUUUAUACAACUCGACGCGAAAGAUUUUGAGACGAAAUAUCGCGUGGUUUUUGUGAAGAACUUACCAAAAGUUUUGAUCGAACAGGACUAUAAGAAGUACUUUUCACAGUUUGGGGAGGUGUUGUCCUUGUCCGUUAUAGAAGAUGGCAAAGGGCGAAGUACUGGGAAAAUAUAUGUUGAGUUCAAAGACCCUGAUGUCGCACAGAUUUGCUUCGACAAGAUCAACAAUCAAAUCUUAGAUGGACAAAUCCUGAGAGCAAAUCUCUAUGAAAAGUAUACCAAACAGCAUUCGAGAGUCCAACAACGUAUUACGUCAGACAAAUUGAGAUUAACAGCACUUCGCGUCUAUAGAACCCAAGUCGCAAGAAAUCGAUUGAAAACUCUUCUUGAGAAAUACUCUCUCAAGUACUCCCUCAUUUAA